UCAGGCAAGCGGGCAAAACAGCUGACACGCUACUGCAAUAAAAAGAAGAAAAGAUAAGAAAAAAAACAACAGCUGUCAGCCAGCGGAUGCAGGAAGAGAAAGUGAAAAUUUUUGCGUUGCAUUGUUUGCUGAAAGUUAUUAGUCAUCGAAAUUAUCGAGGAAAAAGGCGUUUACUAUCGUUGCUAAUGUUGCUGUAGUAUUUCGAGUGGUGUUCCGGGAAUCUUUUAACGAAUUCCGACAUCGGCUGAAGGCGGAGAACGUAGGAAAUCAUGGACAAGCUAUCGGUUUUCAGUAGCUUGCAAAAGUCGAUCGAUACCCUCAAAUCGACCGAAUGCAGUCAAAAGGAAAAGAUAACGCAUUUCGGCAACAUAAGCGAGUCGAUUGUUUCGGUGCGGCAAACAGGAUCGGCCAAUUUCCAGAACCAUCUGAGCUCGGCUGUUGCGACGCUGCUGUUGUUUUGCGAGGAGGCCGAUUCCGGGGUACGAAUGAGCGCGGAAGAAAAUUUGAACCGAAUCGUUCGUUAUGCCGAGGGGCAUGGAGCCCUUGUCCGGAUUCAGAUCGAUCUGUACCACGAGAUCAAGAAAAACGGACACGAACGAUCAUUGCGGAUCUGUUUGAAUCUGUUUGGCCACUACUGCGAUAGAAUCAAACAGCGAAAGGGUGAAACUUAUGCAAAAAAUCUGUUACCAUGCAUGUUUGCCAUUUCCAAGCGCCGUGAAACGCAGGUUCUCGAAAGUUUGGCAUCCUUUGUGAAAAUGUUCAGCGAAAAGUUAGAAUCGUACAUGACCGAUUGGGAGGUGAUGAAGAUGACAGAAGUUUUCAUCGAGGAUCUGACGGCCGAAUGUGCCACUAAGCGGCGUUGUGCAGCGCAGAAUAUUGAUUCGUUCAUUGCGGGAUCGCGCUGGCCGGAAGUUCACGCCAACAACGCCUUCAACCGGUGCAUUGAGAUUUUGCUGAAGAAUCAAGAACAAAAUGCAGUUCUUGGAGUUCUUACCUGCUUCCGAGGUAUUCUGCCGCAUGUGCUUAAGAGCGCUGGGGUCGAUAAAUCUAUCGAAGUGUUAGAUUUGCUGCUACAAUUCCUGAAAGACGGAAGUCACAGCGUGGUCAACGCUACCCUAGAAGUGAUAAGCGUAAUUUUGAAUAGUGUUCAACCUGCGACUAGAAAAGUUUUGCUAUCUCAAGAAAUGGAGCAUCAAAAAAUGCUUUUGAAACGCAAAACUCUAAAAAAUUCUAUCUUUAAAAUUAAUCUUAGCGAAAGUUUGCUGAGCUCACGCAAAUCGAGCACCGAUGCCCGGAUGGAUUCACUUAGACCAGGAUCAUCAUCGUUUCUGCAGGUCACUUCUACCCCUACAAAAUUUGCUCCCGGUGAUGACAAAUCACUCGCUUCAGCAUCAGAUUUAGAAAUGGAAUCAUUCCGCAGUAUGGAGUUCGAUAAUUCUUUCCAAACGAGCGAAUCCAGUCCCGAAAAGGAAUCCAAACCAAAACCGGUACCCGACAGCGUAUCAUUGAGGAGUCAAAAGUCAACCGACUCGAUCGGUUCCUUUUUCAACACAUUCCUGAAUACCAGUUCCAGUGCUGGAGAAUCGGUGAGCAAAUUUUUCCGGAAGCCGUUCGACUCGCCCGGUGGAACUGCUCCGCUGCUCCAGCAAACGGAAGAUCUGGAAUCGUUGGAAUCGCUCGCCAGCAGCCAGAUAUCGAUGAACAGUAGCAGUCUGGCGGACUCGCAAACGAUCCGGGUGGAGCUGGACGUAACGGCCGAGGCCGAUGAUGACGGUGGGGCUUCCUCAGUGGCCGAAACGGUAACUCUGGCACCGGACGUCGGCGAUGCUGUGCUGAUCGAGCCGGACCGCGAUGGAGUGCGGAUCGAGGUGGUGACCGGCGACGAUAGCUCCGGCCCCCUCAGUGACGAUCCGGACCGUGCUACCCCAGUUCAGCGGGACCUAUUUAUCGGUAGCAUCCACGAUCAGAACAUCCUGGACUACACGACACGGCUGAUAGCCUCGAAAUUUCUCCUAUCUGGAAGUCCCCGUGGGUUGGUUCCGGACUACGUGGCUCGCGUUUCCGUUAAAAGCAUGGCAUUGCAGAUCCUGGGUCAGUGCGUUCAGUUGCGACCGGAAGUACUGCUGUUGCCGCUGGAAAAGGACGAACCAAAGGAGGAGUUUGAUGUGGUAGAAAUACUGAGCCUGGAGGAUGCUAUUAAUGAAAUCGUAAUCGGUGAUAGUGGAGAUUCUCCUCCGGGAAGUGAGGAAAACGAGGCUGGAGCAUCCGCCCUUGAUCAUCCGGAUGGUGGACUGCCACUGGAAAUCAAAGAAGAUCACUUCGGGGAAUGCACCAGCUCGACUUAUUUCGAUUACUUCUCCCCUAUGAGUAUAAGCUUAGAUCAAGGGUUGAGUUCGCUGAAGUUAAAACUGAAAGAAGUGGAAGAAAAUUUUGGUACUAUGGCAUCCGACAGCCAGGAAAAGUUAAGCAAAGAACUGGACGCUAUUCUGUCCCAAUCGGAUUGCAGCGGUGAGAUGGGUCGGAAGAAAGGUUCUAACAUGUUGCAACGGCCCCAUCGAACGGAAUUACUGGUAGUUCCAAGGGUGGUGACAACGACCCGAAAAAGUGGUGACUCGGCUAAUGAAAAUCAACAGUUUGCGGCCGAUAUAUUGCUGUUCUACGAUCAUGCGGAUCAAACGUUGAGGGGAAAUGUUUUGAGUAUAGUUGCAAACCUUUUGGCAGGUUCUUUAAACCAAAAUGGCAGCGUGGAGGCGUUUUUGAUUUGCAACGAAAGAAGAAACCUGAGUAGUUUUCUGAGUCAGGAAGCGUUGCUGCAUGUUAUUGCCAAGGGUCUUUUGGAUGAAAUCCAUACCGUGGUAAAUCAAGCGUUAUCAGCGCUCGAACAAACACUUCCAGUUUUGUGCCGAUGUCAGCAUUCCUCCAAGACGAGAACUCGAAUUCCUACGGUUGAUCAGUUCAGUUUCAAAACGAGCAGUCCCCAAAAUGUAUUUACAAGAUCCGAAAGCUUGCCUCCAAUCGAUGUCCAAGCAUUGGUCACUAAGCUGACUCAAGUUUUCUACAAUCGCUAUUGGCUGGUACAAUGCAAGCUGUGCGACGUGAUCUCGAAUUUAGAUUUUAAACUACUGAUUGCUGCUUUGGAUGACGGCGAAGGACAACGGGUUCAAAAACUUGUGUUAGAUCAGUUGGUGAUGUUUCUUGGCGAUGAUGACAUCCGAGUGCGGAACCAUGCUGCUGAACGAAUCAUUACCUAUAUUGAAAACGUUUCAUCGAACAACUGGACCCAUGAUAUUCAGAUGGAUGAAGGAAUCGUGAGCUGUUUUGUGAACGAAUACAUCUUGGCUACUUUUGCCGAACCGGUCGAUCGUAGAAAAUUUACCAAAAUAACCGGCGAUAAAAAAGCGUUCCAAAAAACGACGUCUCAAAUUUUCUAUGUCUUGAGCAAUGCACUUCUGAAUGUCGACGAUCGAAAUCAAUUGUUUGGGAUAAUAGGCUUCAUCAAACUGUUCGUCCACAAAUAUGACCCUCUCGAAACGUUAAACGUUUGGAACGAGUUUAACCUGCUCAGUGUCCUUUCGAGUUUGAUGAUGGAACAUCCGACGACGGCAUUGGAUUUGACUGCCCAAACUGACCUGCUGGACUUGUGUUCUUCACUAAUGAUCGUGAUCAGCUCGGCUCGGACCAAUUCACCCUCGACGGAGAAUGAGAAAAUUGACAAAUUUAUCUUUCACGUGCUAAAAAUUCUGAACAUGUUCCAGCACCUGUUCAGUGGCACUAAGCCGGUGAUCAUCGCAAAACCGACGAAGGGAGACCUAUUCAUGAACACCAAAGAGCUCCGGUUGGUAAACUGUUUUGGGUACUUUGGCAAUGAUCAGGUCUAUCUGAAACUGUACAACCUGCUAAGGAAUUCGUUCGAAAGUUAUAAGAUUACGAUUGCCGCCGACGUGAGUCAGAAGUUUUUCGAUCUGUUGCGCAGCACCAUUACUGCACUGUGGCGUCUGCUCGAGAUCAAGCACAUCACCUCGAUGACCAAUGGGUUCAAGUUUAUCGAAGAAGUGCUGCGCUACCUGACGGUAUUUCUGCCAUACGAACCGGAACAUUGCGUCCGGUGUACCCGGUACCUGUUGCGGUUUUUGUUCUCCUGCAACUACGUCAAUCGGGUGCUGGACGUAGGCUAUUUUCGAAAGCAAGGUGAAAUUUUGGACAUUGCCGACGUUGAAGGAUGCCAGGCGUUUCUGGAACGUUAUUUCGAAUUUUGCAAGUUUAAAAGCGUGAGCUCUACCUCAGAUUUGGGCAAUUAUAUCAAGCAGUUUGAGCAGGUAGUAAUUGCUUGCCUGAAGAUGUAUUCGAAGGCCACGGUUCCAGUACAAACAGCUAUUCUGGAAUUGUUGUGUCAGCUGGUUCAGUUUAACAUAAACUAUCAGCUGCUGGAUGCUAGCAACGUGUUUGUGGAUUGUGUAAUCAAACAUGUGGAGCUGCUGGAAAAGGGAACAAUUCAAGAUUGCGAACGAUUGAUCGAACAGAUUGUUCGUUUCUUGUUUCUUUUGACACAUAUGAAAGAUCAAAAUAAGGUGUUGGUGAAUGUUCCGAAAAUCAUAAACAUGUGCGACAAUUUGCUGGCCAACGCUAUGGCCAGGGGACCAGCAAUUGCAUCGGUCCAAUCGCUGGCUGAUGAGAUCUUUUUCUUCGAUCGAUCAUCGGUUGGUAGUCCAGAGCAAAGUGGCUCUGGGAUGCAGACAUUCACAGAAUUAGCCACCCAAAAGGAGGUCAUAUUGAAUAUGAUGAUAAAGUUCCCACAUGACGUGAGAAGCUACCGCAAAAUUCCGAUGCUUUUGGUUUUUGGAAGAAAUUCGAAUUCUGCUACGUUUGAAGUGCAAGUUUUCAACGCAUUGAUGGUUGGUGGAAUCCAAGAUGGCAAAAUGAUGACCAAUAAAGUAAUUGACCUAAUUAUCUUGGACCAUUGCUUGACGGCAUUCGGAAAAGAAUGGAUAAUACAAAACGAUUGUUUGCAAAUUGGCCUAAAAGUGCUGUUCAAGUUGCAGAAAGGUAAAGACUAUCCUGCCAAUCAAAAACUUGCAUACAGUCAGCUUAUUCUGGAAAAUAUUCUAUUGAAUACAGAAGAAAAUAAUCUUUUAGUUAAUCUAAAGCGAUAUUUAAACGACGUGAAUGGAGCUCAGGACGAUUCGGAAUUGGACACUUUUGUAAACCUUUUGAUUGCUUUUCUGUGUGAAUCUGUUGAAACUGUGAAAUCUCAAGCAACAAAUCAUUCAGAAAUCAAUUGCGCUGUGAAAAUCAUUUGUACUGUUAGAAAGUUUAGCAAGUUUCCUGCUGUAGCGGGAAAAUUACUCGAAAAAGUCGAGAUACAUCGAUUACAUAUCAAGUCAAGUUGCCAACAAAUUCAACUAGAACUAGCCAAUUUACUGCUUUACCUCGGCUACGAACUGAAAACGGUCGUAGAUCUGAUAGGAACAAGAAAGAAUUCAAUUCAAAAUGACAUUGCAGUCUACGAACUGAUCAAAACCCAGAAAGAAAUCAAACCCACAAAAGUGCACUGGAAUACCGAGGAAGUUUCCUAUCUGAUAAACAACCAUCUGGACAUUCUCAUUGGUCACUUUAGUUCUUUCCUAUUGAGCUACGUAGCAUCAACAGAAUACUCCUCGGUAAUUGUGAAGGGGCUCCUUGAUCAUCAAAAACAAUCAACAACUCACUUCAAUCUACUGGAACGAUCUCACCUCAGUAGUUUGUCACUCUUUGCCGAUCACCUUACAAGAAUCCUGGCAGUUGAAACCAAUAUCAUCAUCACCCGUAAGUCAGCCCUAGUUCUGGACGCAAAACUACAACUGCUCCUAGCAAGCCAGCCGCUAGACAGCAUAACGGUUCAAAAAAUCCUACCCGAUCAACAUUUUCGUAAUCUGUUCGGAACGAUCAGUGCAUCAGAUCGUCGUAAAAAGUAUCCAAAGUUGUUCAAAACCGCUCUACUGCUCUGUCCGUUUUACGAGGGAAUCGAAACUCCGCGGGACCUCAUCCCUCAAGUAGACACAGAUCAAUUGAAGCAGGUAAACGUGGAUGAAGCUUGGUUUAUGCAGCAGGUCGCUUUUCACUGUACAUCGGGGCGAUCGUACACUAAACCGAAAAAUGUUUCGCGGAUGCUACUGGAGGUGAAUUCCGAGAGCCGCCUGAUCAACUUGCUCUCUACCGGGGGAUUCAAUCUGCGCUUACUUCAGGAAAUAAUUGACACGGCCUUCGAGCAUAUGUGCCUAAGUUUUCGAAAGGAUUGCGUGCAGUUUAAUCCCCAUCUAAAUUAUUUGAAAGUACAUCCGAUGCUGAAGGUGGCCUUAAUCGUGCUUAUGAGAAAACUUGACGAAAUCAACUCCACCGAUGAGGAUCGAUGGGAUCGAGAGAUUUUAAUGUAUUGUGUGAAAUCGGCCAUCUGCUUUCUGGAAAACCUAAGCAAAUUGGAACAUCUUUGCUUGAUAUACGUGGAAGCCAGGUUUAUUGAGAAAUUUGUAAAAGACAAUAUUCUCAAAUCGCAAUUCUAUGAAUCUCUGCUGAUGUUAGCAUGCAACUGUAACAAACUGGUUAGGUCUUCAAUUCGGAAGUCGAUGCUUCAGGACUCGACAGAUCUGGAGCUGUAUUUGAAAUGCACCGACUUGAUCCUUCAACAGCGACAAUUGUGGAACGAAUUGAAUCAGAAUGACAAGUAUCACAAUGAUAGAGAUUUCUAUGUGCAGACGGUGUUCGAAGUACUCAAAGUACACUUACGAGGAAGUUUGUUUUUGGACCGGUAUCGAACACCGGAAGUCUUUGCAACGCUAAUGGAAGAUCGCUACGAAGAAGUUGAAAUUUACUUGCAAACGGUCUUCAUAGCUCAUUAUAUUGCGGAAAAAGACACGAUGAAGGGCAUCCAAGAAGCUAAUAGUGUUCUGUUGAAAAUAUUAGAAUCAUUGGCCGUGUCUGUACUGAAAACGGAUCGUUUCUACCCGUAUGCUCUAACACCGGGGGAAGUUUUGAACUGCUACAAUUUCGACGUUGACGUAGAUCCGCUAAAACUACCUUCGGUUCCGAUAGAUUAUCUUUAUGAACCGGAUAUGUUGCAAGCUUAUUUAAAAAGAGUUAAUAUUUUUGGAUAUUCCACUAAGCAACAGUUUGAGGAACUUUUCAUGUCUCUGUUGGUGCUGAUCAAUCGAGAUGGAGAUCCAGAUAUGAUGACAUUCCAAGAGCAGCUGGAGAUCAAGAGUGUAUGUCUGAGAGCGAUCAUGAGCUUGCUGCUCUCCUGCUACCGAUAUCCAAGGAUCGGCUCCCACGACGGAAAGUUCCAUCACGUACCUCGAAACCACCUAGUGAAGUGCACUUCCGUUGGCCUGAAAAAACUUCACAACAUCCAGCUGCUGAUUCCGCUAAGCAAUGUGUUCUACCAGCCAAACUUGGAGCGUCGCUUGAUCGUGACGACGACGGCAGAUAAUCGGCAGCUUUUGCUUGAAACAGACAGCUGCAUCGGAACGGUCUCCUUCGGUUGGAAUCAGUUCGCCAUCCGGCACUCCUGGGAGCUGAUGGAGUUCGUUCCGGAACCUUCGUUGGAAGUUCGUAAUCUGCGGUAUUUUGUUGAAAAAGCUAAUCUGGAUGUGACAAGCUCGGUCCAGCUAAUCCACAACGUAUUGGGGCAGUUGCUGGAGGAAAACAGUUUCCUUGCGUUGUCUCACCUAGUUAAAUUUUGUGAAAUUUGUGAGAAUCGUGAUCAGAUACGGCAGUUGUAUGUAUCUAUUCUUGCACUACAGGAGCGAGUCCCAAUGGAAGACACGAUUUCCCAGCAGCACAUAAUCUACCUGUUAUGCAAAAUGGCCGCGCUUCUGGAACCCACUAUGCCGGAGCUGACUCAUUUGUGUAUGAUUAUUCCGACAUACCUGAAGAGUACCCAACUGUUCAUCCGAAAUGCAACCUUGAGUGGAUUGCUGGCCCUGUUGGAGUGUUUGGUCACUUCGAAUACAACGAUCGGAGCAUUGAGCGAGGAACUUCAAUUGCUUCGUAAUAUCAUCGUGAACUAUAUUAUCAAGCAUGGUAUCAUAGACGAAAGGUUGUUUCAUUCAUCGGCUUAUAGUGACACCCACACAAUAUUGGUAUGGACGUUGAACUUCUACCUGAUAGAAAAUACUUCCCGGUUUGUAGCCGAUUGUAAUCUGUUCACCAACAGUGUCAUAUCGGCUAAUAACAUCUUGAAGCGCACAGCUAAUUUGGAUAUUUAUCUGUGCAUUUUGAAUGGUCUCGAGCGACUUGUGCUCACCAACACAGCACCCAGAUUGUUGUUGGAGAAAAUUGAAAAACUUGCUCUCGAAUUAGUCAAACUAGAUAACGAGAUGUUCUCGCUGGCAGCGUUGAAACUUCUUGUUACCUGUAUUUAUCACGGAUCGGCUGAACAACUUGAACUAACCGAACGGUCUAACGGAAUCGUCCAGGAUGAACCGGAAAUCAUCAUUCAGCAGAUCGAGAAAAUAGAAAUUCUCUUCGCAAAAAUACGCACAACCACCCCAGCCGGAGCUAGAAUCUUCGGAGAUGUCCUGUGUACCCUCAUUCGAGAUCUUCUACCGCCGAACGAAAUUCUCACCAAGGUAUUCAAGGAGCUUAUGUUGAACCAGCCGAAUCCAGACAUCAUCGCUAUCGUAACGCAUCAGGUGUUUCGAUCGGCCAUCGACAGCUCCUACCUGGCGCUGCUCCAGGAAUGGUUGCUUUGUUCGUUGCCGAACUUCCUGUCGUUUCCGCAGAUCAACAAAUCUAUCUGGUGCCUAACGGUGAUGUUUCUGUCGGCAUCGCUGAACCAGCAUCUGUUGAAGCUGUUCCCGGAAGUGCUCUCGCUGCCAUCGUAUCAACAGCUUAACGAACGGGAGAUGAACAAUUUCAUCCUGUCGGCCAGGGACUUCUACCGAAAUUUGGAUCCAAGCCAGAAAACUAAGUUCAGGGAUAUGUUUCAGCAAAACCAUCAGUCGUCUGUGUACAGCAAUCUGCUGCAGUGUCUGUGAUUUGUUCCCGUACGACUAGAAGAGGCGAAACUUGCUGAAAGCUCUGUGUAGAUUUUAAUCGAAUCGUGUUAAGUAUUUAUACAAAGUGGAACUCUGUUUAUCAUUGUUUAUGUUAAUUUGUUUUACAAUUUAUGUUGCUAUUUAUAAAAAGCAUAAUCACUUUAGAAUCAAUAUAUUAAAUCGAGAAUGUA